AGGUAACAGCCCAGUAUGGGGCCAGAAAACCAGAGCAGCGUGUCCGAGUUCCUCCUCCUGGGGCUCCCAGUCCCCCUGGAGCAUCAGGGUGUGCUCUUCGCCCUGUUCCUGGGCAUGUACCUGACCACAGUGCUGAGGAACCUGCUCAUCAUCCUGCUCGUCAGGCUGGACUCACGCCUCCACACCCCCAUGUACUUCCUCCUCAGCCACCUGGCCCUCUCUGACGUCUCCUUUGCAUCCAUCACUGUCCCAAAGAUGCUGAUGAACAUGCAGAGGCAGUGCCGAUCUAUCACAUAUUCUGGGUGCAUUUCACAGGUGUAUUUCUAUAUAUUCUUUGCUUGUCUAGACAGCUUUCUUCUCACAGUGAUGGCCUAUGACAGGUAUGUGGCCAUCUGUCACCCUCUCCACUACACCAGCAUCAUGAGGGACGAGGUGUGUAUCCUCCUUGUGGUUGGGUGCUGGUUGUUUUCUUUUGCCCGGGCUCUGAUGCACACCCUCCUUAUGAACCACCUGUCCUUCUGUGCAGGGACGAUCAUUCCCCACUUCUUUUGUGAUCUUGCUGUUGUGCUCAAGUCCUCCUGCUCAGACACCUCCCUCAAUGAGCUGCUCAUCCUCACUGAAGGCGGAUUAGUCCUCUUCCUGUUAGUGAGUGGGAUCUUAGGCUCAUAUAUCCACAUUACAAUCAUCAUCCUGAAGGUCCCCUCCCUCCAAAAAAUCUCCAAAGUCUUGUCUACAUGUGGCUCUCACCUCUCUGUAGUGCUUUUAUACUAUGGGACAAUUGCAGGUGUUUACUAUUUCCCUGCAUCAGGGAAGUUUGAAGACAAGAACAUAAUUUCUUCUGUGAUGUACAUGGUGGUCACCCCCAUGCUGAACCCCUUCAUCUACAGCCUGAGGAAUAAUGAUAUGAAACGUGCUCUUCAGAAAAUAUUCAGAUCCAAGAAUGCCCCCUGGGGUCAUUAAUUCAAUCCCCCUGUGCUGGGCACUCAUGGGAGCUGUAAAGUAGCUCUCCUUUAAAAGAUGUAACUUGGACAGCUCUUGUGCCCACAAUCUCCCAUUCUCAAUUUAUGUCUCCUCUCACCUUCUCUUCACCUGUUUGUUUA